AGGAAAAGGACGAAACUAAAUUUUAUUUUAUUCUAUUUUUUCGGCUCGACUUGCUGGCUGUAUAUAUUUCUCCCAAAGGAUACCCCCGGAACAAACUUGGGUUCAUUACAAACAAACAACACACGACUCUUGUCAAACAACACCAAUAAGAUGCCUACAUUCACGGUAUUCAAGGGCUCCAAGGGCGGCAAGAUUGUCAAGGCGCAAACGACCAAGCCCGAUGUCCAAGACGACCAAGUCCUCAUCAAGGUGACGGCAUCAGGUCUCUGCGGCACCGACGAGCACUACAAGGAAGUCGACAUGGCGCUGGGCCACGAAGGCGUGGGCGUAGUCGAGCAGCUGGGCCCCAACGUCAAGCAGCUGAAGAAGGGCGACCGCGUGGGCUGGGGCUACGAGCACAACUCGUGCGGGCGCUGUGAAAAGUGCCUGACUGGACGCGAGACGUACUGUGCUGAGCGCGAAAUGUACGGCUACGCAAACCUGGACCAGGGCAGCUUUGCCUCGCACGCCGUCUGGCGCGAGGCCUUCCUCUUCAAGCUGCCCGACGAGCUGACCGACGCCGAGGCCGCGCCGCUCAUGUGCGGCGGCGCAACCGUCUUCAACGCACUGCACGCAUACAACGUGCGCCCGACGCAGCGCGUAGGCGUCAUGGGCGUCGGCGGCCUGGGCCACCUGGCCAUCCAGUACGCGGCGAAAAUGGGCUGCGACGUGGCCGUCUUCUCGGGGUCCGACUCGAAAAAAGCAGAAGCGCUCAAACUCGGAGCCAAGGAAUUCGUCGCCAUCAAGGGCAAAGACCACAUCGACGUGUCGCGCAAAAUCGACGUGCUCCUCGUCACCACGUCGGUGUCGCCAGACUGGAAACUCAUGAUGCCCGUGCUCAACCCCAACGCCAUCAUCUUCCCGCUGACCGUGGCCGGCGGCGACUUUGUCUUCCCGCACAUGGGCCUGCUGGGCAACGGCAUCACCAUCCAGGGCAGCGUCGUGGCCGCCCGCCAGGUGCAUCGCGACAUGCUUGCCUUUUCCGCCCUGCACGGCAUCAAGCCCAUCAACAUGGAGUUUCCGCUGACGGAGCAGGGCAUCGAGGAUGCCAUGGCCACGCUGCGUGAUGGUAACAUGCGGUAUAGGGGUGUGUUGAAGCCUCAGGAGUAAGAAAUAAUAAUAAUCAUCAUCCGACAAACGUGGUCAGCAAAAUGGGGCAUGACAUACGAUUAUUCAUUUUUCUAUGUUUUAUAGACAUGGGGGGAGUGGGGUUGGUUAGGGGAAGGAUAGAGACGCACGAAUUGACGAAUUUCAUUUGUAGAUAAUCAAGCCGCUAUGCA